GCGGCGCCGCCCGCGGCCGCGCCGCCGCCCGCGGGGCCCGCGAGCGAGGCCAGCGAGCUCUACGAGCUGCUGGGCUCCCUCGAGCCGCCCGUGACGCUGGCAUUCGGGCCCGACACCCAGGGCGGCUGCCCCUGGCGCACGUGGUACGGCAAGAGGAGGAGGGCGCCAUUGACACCGAUGAUGACACGCUGGUGGUGCUGGUCGUCAAGGACCCGCUGUUCUGGCUCAAGUCGAUGUCAAAGCACUUCUACGACAUCAAGGUGCACGGCGACAAGACGUCGGGUAUGGACGCCUUGCUCCAGCGCCUGGAGCACGGCGGGAACGACUACGAUGGUUGCAUGGAGCUCUGGAGCGCAUCUUGCAGGUCCUACCUCGACACGGCGCGCUUCCCCGCCGACCGGUGCGUGCUGCUGCGGUACGAGGACUUCCUGUUCAGGUUUUGGGAGGUCAUGGUGCACCUGUCCGCGCUGCUUCCGGCGCGCGGGCAGCGCCUGAAGGAGCCGCCCAAUUCCACUCGCUCCAAGACCCACGGGCGCGAGGUGCGGGACCGGGCGGAGGCGCUGAGCUUUUACGCGAUGGACCACAACAGGCGGAGCGAGCUUGGCCCCGAGCACCUCGAGCGGGCGCGCAUGGUAGACCCCUGGCUCUUCGAGGCCCUGGGGUACGAGCCCCUGCGCCCGCCCGCGGGCGGCGAGGCCGCCGUCCCGCGGAGCCCCGGCCCCUUCUGCAGCUGGGUGCCCGAGCUGCUGCCAGGCGAUGUCGUGGUGAUGGGCGUCAGCGGCGCCUCGGAAGCCCCCCUCGAGUCCGCGGAGAUCGAGGACGAGAACUGCAGGCCAUCAGAGCCCAGCAGCGGCGCGCGCGUCUGGGGCCGGGUCUCCUCCGUCGUGGAGGGCGGCGCCGCGGCCGUGGUGGACAGGCUCGACCAGGUGCCGCGGGAGUGGCUGCUGGACAACCCGGACGACUGGGCAGAGGCCGAGAGGCUCAGCCGGCUCGGCGGGUACGCGCCCGCCCCGCGCUGGGACGCCGCUGCGGCGCACGAUCGGCACGUGCGGCGGGAAAGGCUGGACUUGCGGCUGCCGUGCUCCGGCGGGAUGACAGGCGCCAGCCUCCCCCUGACGGAGGAGGGCUACCGCCGCGCAGUGCAUCUGCGCAGCACGCCGCAGAUGGCGGACUUCAUCCAGCGCGUCGUCGCCGACCUCGAGGUCAACGGUGUGCGCUCGGGCCGCGUGGUCGACAGGCGCAAGCUGCUCGGGUUCGCCAGGUGGUUCUCGGGGGAGGCGAACGUGCAGUCGCUCGGGCAGAUCCGCAGGGAGCUGCCCGGCAAGGAGUCCGAGCGGUGGGUCACCUUCGCGCCGCCGAGGCCUGGCAGAGACGCGCCGCAGUAGGCGGGCGGGGCGCGCGGCUGGGGCGGUUCCAGUUCCACGGUCGAGGCCGUGGCUCCCUUCGCCUCGGGUGACGAAAGCUGUGCAUGUCCACUGGCCCUCGUCUGCAGUGGAUAGGUACAGGUUCCGCUGCCCCCUCGCCCCGCCCUGCCCGCCAGGCCCGGCCGCGCUGGCCCCCCUCCAGGGCCGACGCGGAGCCGGCGGUCGCACAGGCGGCUCGCCGUAAA